GAAGCGGACGAAGCUGAUCAGCCGCUCCUCGAAGAGCUGCGUGCAGAGAUUCGGUCUUGCCACUUCCGCGCCAGAGAUAGACAAGUCGGAAGAACAUCCGGCAAAUGCCCGCACGCGAACGACGAGGAGGACGAUUCUUCUGUCGUGGGACGAUUAUUCGAGGUUGCCGCCUCGCAGGAGCGGCGACAUGUGCCGGCGGCACCAAGCUUAUGCAGAUUUAGGC